AUGGAAACCGUGCCUGACUAUGCGGCGAGUCUACAUUCGUCUCCCGAGGAUGAGACUGGCAAAGACGAGAUGAACGACUACUCGGACGAGGAGACGCGUUCGUUCGUUUACGAAGAGAAGAAUGUGGCAGAGGAUGAAAACUGCUCAUCUUUAGGGGAGGAAGAAGAGGAGGAGGAGAAAGAAGAGGAGGAGAAAGAAGAGGAGGAUAUUGAGAGUGAACAUGAAGAGCAGGACGAAGCUGUUCUUGAAGACAUGAGAAAACUGCAGAACAACUAUAAGCUGAGAGGAAAAUUCAGGCUUAUCAACCGCGUCGGAGAGGAAACCUCGAGCAAAGACGAAGAGAUAUGUGCUCUCAAGAAAAUCUACGUCACAAGCAGUCCUUCCAGGAUCUUGAACGAGCUCCAAAUUCUGUAUGACUUGCGUGGAGACCCGUCGGUGUGUCAUAUCAAAGCAGCGUUCCGGCUCGAUGAUCAGGUCAUUGCUGUGCUGCCGUACUUCCCACACACAGAUUUUCGGCUGAUGUUUCGUACCUUCCUUGUCGAGGAUAUGCGGCACUACUUCAAGUCCCUACUGGGUGGCCUUGCUUUUGUGCACAGUCGGGAAGUUAUUCACAGGGACAUCAAGCCUACGAACUUUUUGUACAACCCAAAGCUUCGUCGGGGUGUUCUAGUAGAUUUUGGCCUCGCGGAGUACGAAAGUGACGGUAUAGGCUGCUUAUGCAAAGAUCCCCGGAUGUCUUAUACCCCCAAGAUCGAGAAAAUUAUGGAAGCCGCCCAGGGCGGGCCGUCACAGGCCCCAGCUGGAUAUCCAAGGAACGACUCUAGGCCCUCCCGACGGGCCAAUCGCGCAGGGACUCGUGGGUUCCGUGCCCCAGAGGUGCUGUUCAAAUGUCCCUGCCAAAGCACCAAGAUUGAUGUCUGGUCAGUUGGAGUGAUUCUCCUCACAUUCAUGGCCAGGCGAUUUCCAUUUUUUCAUUCAUUGGAUGAUGCGGAUGCCCUCAUUGAGAUAGCAUGCAUCUUUGGAUACCGCAGAAUGCAACGGGCUGCGGCAGAACACGGUCUGGUGUUCGACACGAACAUCCCGUCUAUUGGAGAAAAGGGCUAUACUCUGGCGAGAAUAAUACUAUGGUCAAGCUGUCUCGAUGAACUGACUGGCAGAGAGAAGCAAGCUAUACGGCUUUUGAACCAUCUUCUUGACCUGAGCCCAAAAACUAGAUAUACCGCGGCGCAGGCGCUACAACACAGUUUCUUUCAGAACCCACAGGGCGAUGACCUUCCCUGGGGAGCAGACGAUCCAGCACAGAUGGCGCCCGCCGACGAAGCUAACGACGAGACUGCAUGUGACGCAGGGGACGACGUGAAACUGAUCUAG